AUGUCCGUCCCAUUUUGGUCUAGUGCCCAGCCUCUAUUCAUGAUACGAGAUCUUUCAAAACCUGGGGCAUGGCCGCCGACGGAGCUGAGUUUGCUCCGUGUGUCCAAUUCGAUGCUGUCUUGCACCAACAAGCCCCAGCAGCUUUGCCAGAAGUACCGGCUCCUGGGGAACGCUGAUCAAUGCCAAAAUGCCACCAAAGCGAGCAUGCGAUAUCUGCUAUCAUCCAAUGUCUUAUCCCUGCAGAGGGCCCUCCGUGCGACUGGUGCAGCCAUCAUGAUUCCGAAUGCACUUUUCACCGCGAUGCGCCACGGAGGAAGAGGAAAGCCAAUAACGGCUCUUUCUCUUAGGGUAACGUUGGGCGACGUCCAAGGCCUCAACAAUCGCAUACAGCAGCUCGAAGAUGCGCUAGCCAAGGCGAACUCUCAGCAACCAACUCAGGCAGACACCCCUAAUCAAGGCCAACCAACUCCAGCGAUAUCCGUAUCUGAGGAGAUUUCAAACUCAGCAUCUGUCCAAAGUCCAAUUCAAGCAACUAUUCAGAACUCUAUUGCGUUUUCCGAUCAAUCACUCUCUCCACUGGUCUUCUCUCAAACCCCCACCAGUGUGGAUGAUACUUACACAACACCACUAGUAGAUGGGCCCGGCAGCUAUGUCGGUCCCAAUUGGUUCUUCAGAGGCAUCCACGCAUUCUCCGAAGAUGGGCGUAGAUGGAUUUCCUCCAAGACUGGUCAAACCAUCGAUUGGAGUAAACUUCAAAUAUUCACACCAAAGCCAUCACCUUUCGCGAGGAGACACGCGCAACUUUCGUCAGAUCUUUGUCAACUUCCGGAUCGAGCUUCUUUAAGAGAGCUUCUGUCUUCGUACUUCAUUUCAUCUUUCCGCUUAAGAUACCCACUCAUUGACAAAGUUCUCUUCGAAGAGACAAUCAACGAGGCUUACGGAGACCCCGACAAUAUUUCACCUCUACCAAUUCGCCUGGCUGCCCGGGCCUGCGUCUUCGGAGUCGUCAGUCUCAUGACGUUACUACCAGACGCUCAGCCUGGUUCCUUAGGGCUAGACGGCAAUGAGAGCGCAGCCAGAGCCAGCUAUCUUCUCAGUCAACUUGUCGGAUAUGCAAGCCUCACAACGUUGCAAACAACCCUGUUACUACAUGUGCAACGUCUCUUAUGCGGUUAUUGGCAAGACGCCGAUUCGCUACUGCCAGGAGCCUGCCGUACAGUGGGUGCACUCGGCGGGCACCAUUAUCAGCCCUUGAAAACCCUUACAGGAGAGAUCCCGCUGUCUGAGAGAAGACAAUGCCAUAUUAGGAACCUCUUCUGGGUUUGCUACAUGUCGGAUAAAGACUUGUCCCUACGGACAGGACAGCCUCCACUACUUGCUGACAUCUACUGUGAUCUCACCGUCCCAGAAACUUACCUGAGCUCUUACACCUAUCUACGUGGUCUUAAUGAGUAUCUCCACCAUUCAGAUGCAUCAAGCGAUGAGGCCCGCACACCGCACUUCUCGGGAGACGCUCAAUUAGGGUAUCUCAAAGAGAAGGUAUAUCGGCUACUUUACUCGGCACAAGCCCUGAGGAACAAAGACAAUCGUCUCUUGAUUUCAAUUCGGGAACUAGAUGACGAGAUUGAAUGCUGGCGUCUGUCAGUUCCGGUGGACUUUCGGCCAGCUCUCUCAGUCUCGUCAAAUACUCUUCUAAUAACGCCGGAAACAAAACCACCUCAUGCACGACGAUAUUUUCACCUUCUUCUAGAGUAUUGGUACCUGAUGAUCUACGUUCAUACCACAGUCAGACGAUAUGAUGCACAUACGAUAAUUGGCGACGGGGGCCAAGACCUUCACAGGGUCAUUCACUCAAGCUAUGACUUAUCAAUGGAAGCCGGCAGAUCGACGCUUCGAUGCCUGCGGGUGUGUAUGAAUACCUUCUCCUAUGAAGGCUUCUGGUUAGUCAUCAUAUUCCCUUCGGCUUCCUCAAGCAUCAUUGAACCCAUACCCGCAGCCAAUAUUCUUGUGCUGCUGAUAUUUUACGCCACCAAUGCGGCCAUUGCUCUGUUUCUCAAUAUGAUCAUACACCCAGAAGAUGCAGACGGCCAGCUCGAUCUCGAGCUUCUAAUUUCGGCCGCUAACGCAAUCCGUGUAUCAAUACCGCGGGCCUCAACACGUGAAGAAAGUGCGCGCAUUCAGAGAACGUCCGACUUCAUGAUGUGGCUCAUGUGGCUCGGCUCAUGCGCCAUCACCAAGUCGCAGGAAGAGGGAUUACAACACGAACUGUGA